UAAAGAAAGAGAGAAGUUUCCAGCGUUGCCUCCACCUCAUGACAGUGAUACAAUUUUGUGUUACUGUCAUGAAAUCUUCGUGAGAUGGAAAAACUCGAUUCCUUCACCGUUAAUCCCAAUUCACAGAGCUAGAAAUUUCAAUCAACCACAGAGGAAAACGAGUCGAAUCGAUUCCCUUUUUCAAUUCCUUCUUGUUUCUGUCUUGUAAUGGCGGAAGAUUUCGCCAAAGCUGUCGACGAUGGCCUCCGUCUAUCCAAAAGACUGUACUUCGGUAAAGACCGUGCCGUUGCGCCUCCGCGGUCGCUCCCCACGAUGGAUAGGAUGGGCCAUUCAUUGCUUCCUACGGCUCCCAUGGUUUAUGCUGUAAUUGAUAAUCCUGCCAUCGUCGAUAAUCCCGAUGUUCCGAGUUAUCAGCCCCACGUCCAUGGCCGCUGCGACCCACCGGCGCUGAUUCCGCUUCAGAUGAACGGGAUUGAGCUCGAGGUUGAUUGCUAUUUGGAUACAGCGAUUAUUCGGAUCACUGGAUCUUGGAGGGUUCACUGCGUUAUGGGUAGUCGGAGCUGUGAUUGCCGGAUUGCGAUUCCGAUGGGGGAACAGGGUUCAGUUCUAGGUUGUGAGGUGGAUGCUCCUAGAAAAUCAUAUCGCACUUCACUUAUUACACUUGAAGACAUACCUAAAAAUGUCGCAGAAAAGCCAGAACGAGUAGAGGGAGGUAUCUUGAUUUCUAAUAUCUAUACCCUUACAAUACCACAGAUUGAUGGGGGCACCACUUUGUCUAUUACCAUGAGGUGGUCUCAGAAACUAUCAUACAGAGAAGGUAAUCUCACAUUGGAUGUUCCAUUUACUUUUCCUGAGUAUGUCAUCCCUGCGGGAAAGAAGAUGUCGAAGAAGGAGAAGAUAGCGUUAAAUGUGAAUGUCCGUUCGGCAGCUGAGGUUUUGUGUAGGACGACGAGUCAUCCUUUAAAGGAAUCGAUGAGAAAACCCGGGAAACUGAGCUUUAUAUACGAAUCGGAGGUUCUUGCAUGGUCGAAAGAAGAUUUUAGCUUCAUGUAUAGUGUUUGUUCGAGUGAGAUAUCUGGUGGGAUUCUCCUACAAUCUCCUCCGAUGGAUGAUGUUGAUCAAAGAGAUAUGUUCUGUAUGUACUUAUAUCCAGGAAAGGAACAUGGGAAGGUGUUCAAGAAGAAGAUAGUAUUUGUUGUUGAUAUAAGUGGGAGUAUGCAAGGCAAGGCACUUAAUGAUGUGAAAAAUGUGCUAUCCACAGCCUUAAGUAAGCUUCAUCCAGAAGAUAUGUUUAACAUUAUUGCUUUCAAUGACGAAGUUCGUCGAUACUCAGCGUCGAUGGAGAUGGCCACCGAGGAUGCUGUGGAAAGGGCGUCUCAGUGGAUAAAUAUGAACUUUAUAGCAGGGGGCGGCACUGAUAUCCUACUUCCAUUGACAAUGGCCACCGAGAUGCUUAAUGAUGGGGGUAGUGAUGGUUCAGUUCCUAUCAUCUUUCUUGUCACUGAUGGGGCUGUUGAAAAUGAGAGACAUAUUUGUGAUGUGAUGAGAAAAAAUCUAACUGGAAAGCAAUCCGUUUAUCCACGUAUAUAUACUUUCGGUAUAGGUAUGUUUCUAGAACUGGAAGGAUUGGCUAGGUGCCCGAAAAUUUCUUCGAGCUUUGAACGUUCUAUAACUCGUGGGUAUCUACGUUUUUUCCGAAUAUUUCAAACAUGUUUGUGUAUCUAUCUACCAGGUAUAUUCUGCAACUACUAUUUUCUAAGGAUGCUUGCAAUGAUUGGUAGGGGACAUUGUGAUGCUGCCUAUGAUUUAGAUUCGGUUGAACCCCGAAUGCGCAGGUUGUACAAAAGAGCUAUUUCUACCAUUUUUGUAAAUAUAGCUGUUGACGCAUUCGACGAUCUAGACGAAGUCAAGGUUUAUCCUUCCUUUAUUCCAGACCUUUCUUCGGAAAGUCUACUGACUGUAUCUGGCAGAUACUGUGGAAAUUUUCCUGAGACUGUUAAGGCAAAAGGCCUAUUAGCCAAUUUGGAUAAUAUUGUCUUAGACUUGAAGGUACAUCAGGCAAAGGAUAUACCUCUUGACAAGCUAUUUAUCAAGGAUCAGAUUGAACUACUCACAGCUGAAGCCUGGCUUUCAGAAAAUAAACAACUGGUGGAAAUGGUAAAAAAGAUGAGCACAAAAUCGGGUGUAAUGAGCGAAUAUACUCAAAUGUUCAUAUUUCAGAGUACAAACAAAGUCGGUGAAACAAUCAAAGUGCAACAGAUGAAGAAGAAUGCUUAUGAGAAAAUGGAAGCACCCAGAAGUGACAAAAUGAUGCUGUUACCAUUUGGUGGGGUUGGCUUUGGAAACUUGGAAGCAACUUCUGAAAACACUCCUCAUGGAGUUGGAGAACGAAAGCCUGAGGCUGCGGAAAUAAUUGUCAAAGCAGCUUCUAAUUGUUGUGGCAAUUUGUGUAGUUUCUGCUGUUGCCCCUGCUGCAUCCAAGUCUGCCUCAAAAUUAACAAUCAAUGCGCGAUCGUGUUGACACAACUCUGCACUGCUCUCGCCUGCUUCGGAUGUUUCGACUGUUGUUUAGAGAUGUGCUGUGACAAUCGGAGUGUCUCAUAGCUAAUAAUGCCCAUGACGACGUUAUGGCCCCAUGUUGAAGUUAUUGCUGCCUGCAAAUGGCACAAGCUGAGUAAGGUACACAAGCAUUCUAGAAUUCUAUACAUACAAGAGUCGGUUUUUUAUUUAAUAAGUAUCCGUUUAUAGUUUCGUAUCUAUGAUGGUAUUGCCAAAUUAUUCAUAAAUAGCCAAAAGAACGAGACAUUCAAAUA